GGGGCUUAAGAUUGUAGGCGGGACAAUGGUGCUAUCAUCAUGGCGGGAUGCAUGAAAAUGAGAAACGACUUAAUUUCUAUCAGUGUCAAUGUUUUGCUUUUCACAUCGCUGCUUAUCUGUCUACCUCAAAACUUGCACGGACUUACGGGUAAGGAGCAUCUUUUGAAGCAACUGUAGACACGCAGGUUGAUUCAAUACGUACCUGAAACAAGUGACAUGUUAGCUAACUCGUGUUAGCUUCUGUUUGUUUGGUUUGAACGUUACAGAAGUUUCUUCUCUGUCACCUGAUAUUGUAACUAGACCCAGCCUUCUUCUCUCGGUUUCAUCCGCUGCACUAGAAAGAUCCUUGAUUCUUAGUCCAAUAUUUAAAGGAUUUUUUCGAGUUUUUCAUUGAACAUAUCAAAAACACUAAUGUUGCUCGGUCAGUCCGCCCCGCCCUCAGCUUAUGUCUGACAUGCUCAUAAACACCAGUGUGUCAGAGAGAAACCGAAACCGGUUUUAUCUCAGCAUGAUGUGCUGCAUGGAAUGAAAAAGAACAAUAUAAACUAGGGCUGGGACGAUAUGCUUCUCUGCCGAUUCGAUUCUUCUACGAUUUUUUUAGAUGCCGAUUCGAUUAAAAUUGCGAUUCUACGAUGUUGUCGAUUUUCUUGGCCUUUAGUCUACAUUUCUCAAAACAGUGAAAGUCAGUAGACAAUCAUGAUAAUGAUUGUCUACUGACUACUCCAGGAACCAUAUUUCCCUAAAAUUACACUUCACAUGUAAGUUAGUUUCAUAAGAUGUAAUAUUAAAUUUAAAAAAAAAAAAAGAAAGAUUUUUGAAUAUAAAAAUCGAUUUAAAAAUUGUGAUAUUUAGGUGAAUCGAUUUUUUUCUCCUACCCCUAAUAUAAACACAUAUUGAACAUGCUCUUGCAAUCAUACUUGCAAAAAUAUGCAUUAAUUAUUAUAUUGAUGAUAACAAUAAUAAUAAUGGUGGUAGCUUUCUUCAUAAAGAUAAUAAGGUUUCACUCACACCUCUGCUUCUCAAACCCAGGUACCAAGCUUCAAAUAAUUGAUCUCCAGGAUGGACAGGACUACGUCAUGUCAGGGUCCAAUAGGUUCUGUUACAAAAACUCAGUUGUGCCCACCUGGAGGCAAACAUGGACAAGAAUUCACGUAAGUUGCUAAAGCUAGAAAAGGUUUAGUUGUAGUCUUUCAUGCACUUAUCUUAUCGCUCUUUCUGCUUUUAUGAGGCCAAAUUUGAAAUAUCUGUAGUAGUCAUAGUGUUAAGUUGACAUAUGAUGCCAUUGGUGACACCCAACAUUAAAUCCAUCUUGCAUGUACUGUAGUUCCCCUUAACAGAAGACACACACUAUCUCUCUUUAUGACAAAACCCAGUUAUCGUGCUCUAAUAGCUGUUAAUUUCCAACAGGUCAGAGUUUCGAGUUCAAAUGUGUUCAAGGUGGUCACUGUUGAAGGUGAGGAGGAGCUGCAGGAGCUGGACCGCUUCAGCUUCUGGGGCUGGUUUCAGAGUUUGUUACGUGAGCGGCAAAAUGAAACUACAAUCAACAUCAACCUGUUCAGCAAGAAGAAGUGCUUCAAGAUCGAACCAGCUGACAAAACUCUGUACACUGUUAAGCCCCUGCGUAGUAAGUGGAAACAAAAUCAAACUAAUGGUAUCUUUAUUUUUUACUUUUUACAAGAAACUGUAAAUUCACACAGUGUUUCUAUCGUCCUUUCAGAAUUUGAUGUCUACCUGUUUUUGGUCUUCCUGGCUGGGAUGUUGUUAUUUCUCUUUGCAGACUCGCUCAGCAGGUAACUUCUCUCACAUAUACAUUAUUACAGUGUUUGGACAGGAUCAUGAUGUUAUUAACCAUGUCCUCAUGUCUUCAUUUAGGAGUCAAGUUUUCUUCUACUCUGCUGGGAUGAGUACAGGCAUGAUCGCCUCUCUCAUCAUCGUCUUCUUCAUUUUAGGGCGCUUUUUGCCAAAGGUAAGGAAACUUAUCCUGAUACAUCCAUGACUUUGAAACCAUUUUGUAUCACUUACUCAUACGUUUUGUAUAAUUUGUCUUUGCUGUUCUUGCAGAAAAGCCCUUUUUAUGUGUUGAUAGUUGGUGGCUGGUCGUUUUCUGUGUAUGCCAUCCAACUCGCCUUCAAGAACCUCAGUGUAAUUUUGCGAGAACACUGGCACAUGGCACUAGGUAUGUACCCUUUGUAUGGAUAGUAACUUGAACAAAUGGAAGCAACACACUUUGUACUUAUUAAGACCUACAACUGAAGUUAACAAGCUCCUUCCUGAUACUUUAAAAUCAAAUGUUUCUGCUGCUGUCUUUUUUGUCAGGUUAUGUAGCAGUGGUUGGAUUCAUCAGUUUUGCUGUGUGUUACCUCUAUGGUCCUCUGGUGGAUCAGAGGAGCAUCAACAUCUUGUCAUGGACACUGCAGAUCUUUGGUCUGCUCCUGGUUUAUUUAGGCAUCCAAAUUCAGCAAGUUGCCUUCGCCAUCAUUGUAGCAGCUGUUUUUUCCAAAUACCUGGAGUACCCUGUUUUUCUGGUGGUGGCUGUGUGUAGGUGGGUUUUUGCAGUAUGGCCAGAAGAUGGCAUAAUGGGACAAAAAUACUGAGGAGCCAUGUAAAAUACUCCAUCUGGCUCCACUUAUUUCACGCAUAUUGAGAAAAGCUCUGUGGUUGAGAUAAAAAAAGUCAUACAUAUUUAAUACAAAACACUCUUAAGGAUAGUUUCUGCACAAAACAUUUUCAUGAUCUUUUCAAUAUUUGUAAAGUAAUUUGAUCCUCAGAAAGCUGCCUGUGAUAGCAAUGUUAUUUUUUUUUUCUUUUAUUAUUUGAUUGAACAUUUGGGUUGUUUGUGCAGGAAAAUGAAACGGUUUGUUCGCUGGAAGCCGGAGCCCCGGCGGCUGCUGACUGAAGAAGAGUAUCAGAAGCAGGGAGAAGAAGAGACUCGGCGUGCACUGGACGAGCUGAGGAAGUACUGUAACAGCCCCGAGUGCAGCCCCUGGAAAGCCGUGUCCAGACUCCAGUCCCCGAAAAGGUUAUUAAUGUGAUGUUGUCUUAUAGGUUUGGCCACAAUUAUAACUCAUCUAAAGUUGGACCUUCCAUGUGCAUUUCAGCUCAAAUGAAGUGAAACUGUUGACUCCUAAACCAAAACUUUGUUAAAUUUGUGUUCGAUUAAAACAUGUUCAUGAGGGUUAACCUCGCUUUCAUAAAAAACAGGUUGUCCCCUGUGGAUCAAUGUUCAUCAUUUUGAUUUGUUAAUGGUGGUGUGUGACACUGAUAUGCAGAAAAUGUCACUACUAAGUGUAUCGGUGGUGUCUAAGUACAGAACAUAAUGUAAAUAUCAUAUCCACACUGAUAUUGUCACUUUUGUCUUCAGGUUUGCUGAUUUCGUGGAAGGCUCGCCUCACUUGAUGUCAAACGAGGUGUCUGUCCACGCACAGGAGUAUGGCUUAGGAGGAUCUUUCUUUGAGGACGAACUUUUUGACACAGACGAUGAGGAGGAAGAGGACUUUAAACCACUGAUGAAACCACUGAUGAAACCAGAGUGAAAUGGGGUUAUUAUAGGAAAUAAUCUAAAACAGAAUCAGUUGUUGCUGCCUUUCACCAGGUGGGACCAGAGAGCAGCCCUCUGUGGCUCCUGUGUUACCAUCUGGACUGACUUAGUGUUUUCUUGGGAGGGCUGGGAAAGCCUGGGUUUUCGUUUCAGUGGCAAGAGUCGGUGCAUGUUCUGCUUUGAAUGAGGAAACACUUGUGAGCACAGCAGAGCGGUGGUCACUGAUCUGGUGUCAGCAAAACAAUGUAGUAACGACAAAGAAUGUGCACUAAAGCCAGACGUCUUCUUUCUAGGGAACAAAGACUUCUGUCAAAGUUACAAAUGCAGCAAGUUAACAAGCAAUAUCGGAUCUUCCUCUGUGAUAUUUGUGUUGUCUAAAGCUGUUGCAUAGAAAAGGUCAUAGAAAAGAUGUUUUAGUUUUUGUUCACAGGCUUCAAAUGGGCUCGCUGCAUCUAUCUGUCCUUCUAAUAUAUCGUGAAAGUUCUUGCUUCUCUGAACAGCAGCCUGACAUAGUGUGAGGUUUCAUUUCUGCCUUCUGCUCAGGAAGAAGUUUGGUCAACUUUGUUUUUUCACUGUUUUUAUUUCACUUGACAAAGAGAAAGUGUCCUAAAGUAUUUUGAAUAAAAAAUUUUUGAAUUAUCGUU